AUGUCGAAUAGAUAGACAGCGUCUUAGUGGUAUCCACUGAAUAUAUGAAAUACACAAUAUAUUUAUUAGACUGGUGUUACCUGUUUUAUGUGGAGAGCAUGUAUCCACAUAAUAUGUCCAAUAGACAGCAUCUUAUUGGUAUCCACUGAAUAUGUCAAAUAGACAGACAGCGUCUUAGUGGUAUUCACUGAAUAUGUCGAAUAGACAGACAGCGUCUUAUUGGUAUCCACAGAAGAUGUCGAAUAGAUAGACAGCGUCUUAUUGGUAUCCACUGAAUAUAUGAAAUACACAAUAUAUUUAUCAGACUGGUGUUACCUGUUUUAUGUGGAGAGCAUGUAAGACCGAUGUCCUCAAGUUAGGGAAUAGUCCCCAAAGAGAGUCAUAGACAGUGUCUCGAGCCAUGCUGAAAAGGAAUAAUAUACAUUCUUAACAACGAUUUUUAUCUUGUAAACACACUGUGACAAGUGUGAGGUAAUAUGCACAUCACUUAAAAGGAGCUACCUACAACCUGAUCAUGGGGACUCAAUAAUAAAAAACCUUGUGGAAAAUAACAAUCUUUGAAAGUCAUAUCGAUUCUCGCAGCUGCAAAAAAUCACUCUCCUGCCAUAAUCAUGACAACAUCUAGGGAGUGGUUUAUCACUCCCCUCAAUUAUUCAGUCAUAGUUUGAUACAGGAUAUAGGGACAUUGUAUUUUCCGUUUACCAGCGCUAACUUAAAAUGGAUUCGAGACAAGACACGGAGAGCAGUUUUGACUUUUAUCCAAAUGAUUUGGAUUCCUAUUCAAGUGAGUCAGAUACCAGUGACGAUCCUGACAAUGACCACGAGGAAUGGAAAGACAAACCAAUCGUAUUAAAGGAAAGUCAACAUGUAGGUCAGUCAGAUAGAUCUGUUACACAUGAAGAUCGUCAAGACAGAAAACCACCAAAUCAUGAUUCUUUGAUCGAUUCGGAUGUAUCAAGUGACUCAGAUGAGUGGUAUUCUUGUUCCAGCGGGACAGAGAUGGACACUGGAGAGGAUAAAGUGAAACAGACUCCAUCAAAGAAGAGUUUGCAUAAAGACAGAAGAAUUGCCACAUCUGCACCUGAAGUCACCAAAGGCACAGAUGAAAGUUUUGGGAACAGUUUACUGAAAAAUGUAAAACUAACAACUAGCAGUAUGAUGUGCGACUUCAGUCCAAGUAAAUUCGUCGUAACUGCUGCCACAAGAGAAGCAAUGAGAAUAAUAGAACGCCAUGGUGUGGUGACCGUGACCGGGCAGAGUGGAUCUGGAAAGACACAAAUUGCACUUUACCUCCUGACAGAACUUUCCAAGAAUGGCUGUGUUCCGCUGAUCCUAAAUGAUGCAUUUCAGUGGGACCUCAUUCCACACAACAAGAGAUAUGUCAUUCUAAUCGACGACAUCCUUGGAAAGACGAACCUCUCAUCUGUUCUUAAAGAUUUAUGGAGUCAGAAGUUUCGUGCUAUGCAUAGCCGGAUUUCAUCAGGAAACAUCUGCCUUAUAAUGACAUCUCGGUCAAAUAUAUAUGCAAACUGUUCUGAUUCACUUGAAGUUGAAGUUGAAUUAUUUGGGAGAGGGAAACAUAUUUCUCUCUGUGAUGACAAGCACAAGCUUUCUGCAGAUGAAAAGGAAAAUAUUAUGUUUUCUAUCCUGAGGAGUUCACUUGGCUGCACGGUAAACGUAUCCAAAGCAGAUAUUAAGAGAGUAGCAGCUCAGUGUGAAAUUGGGAUUGGUUUCCCUCAGUGCUGUGCGUUUUAUGCAUCCUGUGAAGCAGCGCAAAAACGAAAGAUGAAAUAUUUCGAAAAGCCUUUGGAAUUCUUGAAUUCUCAAUUAAAGGUCAUGCAGCGUACAGACCCAUUAGCUUAUCUCGCUUUGUUAAUUCUUAUGUUCAAGAACGGAACCGUUCAAACAAGCCUACUGAAUCCAAACGAGAAAGAUGCUGAAGUGGCCAACAUUAUUCGAAACUGCUCAGAAACGCUUGAUAUCCAGGGACGUGUUACUCUAGGGAACAUUCACGACAAACUGGACAUGAUGAUUGGUGUGUAUGUAACAUACAGAAAAGCCACAGCUUCCUUUCACUUCUCUCACCAGUCAAUCGCAGAUGCUGUAUUUAUUAAGUUCUGUAAACGGUACAUAGAAACCGGAUUGCAGCUUUGUACUUUAGAACAACUUAACGAAUAUGUUAGAAGUGAGGUUGAUUCUACCAACGAAUCCUUGUUUGUCCAUGUGGAACACGCUAGCUUUGAAUUCCUGGCAAAACGACUAACAGAGGAAAUGCUAAACGGAAACAUGAAUUCUAUUCUUUGUCAUCCUUCAUUUGAGGAUUUCAUUUUUGUUAAAUAUUUGCUCCAUGAAAGUUGGCAUAAAAAGACCGUUUUACAAAUACUCAGUUUUAACAAUGGCCGCAGAUUUAUUAGAACAAAACUUAUUUUCAGCAAAAGUAUGCAGUACUACAUCGCCAGGAACGUCCAAAAGGGGGAAUAUUCAUUUUCCCUAGAACCCACUGACCUGUAUUUUGAGUAUGAUAAUUUUAUUUGUCAUUUGAUAAUGAAGGGCUUGGAUUGUUUGGCAAUGGGGUUAAUUGGCAAGGCCAAAAUACUUCUUAACAAAACGAAAUACAAUGUGCUGAUGCGUAAAGCUUUGGAAUGCAGUGUAUUUUUGGGAAAUGAAGAUUUAAUAGCAUUUUGUGUAGAUAAUGAUGAUUCCUUUGUUACGGAAAAGUGUCUGGAACUUUCUUGUUAUUCAUUACUUGAAAACUCACAAAUAACUAAAUCUAUCCACAAUAUUAUGAAUCCGAAACUGCUAACACUAGACACGCUUGAUACACUUUUGCGUCUUUGCUUACAAAAGGGAAAACUGGAAACAGCUUCGUUUCUGAUAACAGCUACAGCCAAAUUCCAUGGACGGUGGAGAGUACUGCACUGGGCCGUUACUCAGAUUUUACUCCAACACCAUCUCCCAUUUCUGCAAUUCACAGAAGAACAGUUUAAAGUCGAUAUCAUUUCAUCUGAUAAAGCUAUGUUUUUCCCUAUUCUCUCUCGUCUUCUUCAGGAGAUAUCAGACUGCUUUGAAGAGGAUAAUGAAAAACCUCUGUGGAGGCCAGAAAUUAUAGCCUUAUUGUUAUCAAGUGGUUGUUAUGCUGCCUGGGACAGAAUAUUUAAGUUAUGGUUUUCUGAUUCACUCUACAUUGGAAUGAUUUUGGUUUCUGACAUUUACGAGGUCACAGAUGGCUUAAAACAAUUGGAAACGUUUGUACUUCAGUACUUAAAAGAUGUCGAACAUGCUAACCAGGUAAAUACAAAUGUGUUCUGCUUGAGUGUUGAAACACUGCUGCAAUAUGUACUGGAGACAAACCCUGCAAUUACGAAUCUUUAUGAGCUUCAACUUCCAUUAACUGUUGCUAACAACAUGUCCACAAAAGAAUAUCUUUUAGAGAAGAGGGUAAAUGAUUCCCGUUUAGAAUUAUUUGCAAUACGAAUAGCAGACUCUGUGAAUCCCAUUGCUAGUAUGGUUAAUACUAAUAAUUUGAGUGUAUCAAUAGUGAAGUUCCUACUUAUUCUCUUUCUCAGUCUGGCGGCCAGCCUCAGUGUUAGGCUGGUAGAUACUUGGUUCGGAUCCCAGUCGAGGCAUGGGAUUUUUAAUCCAGAUACCGACUCCAAACCCUGAGUGAGUGCUCCGCAAGGCUCAAUGGGUAGGUGUAAACCACUUGCACCGACCAGUGA